CACUUGUCGAUGCGCAUGCGCAUCGAGAUCGAAGUAAAGCUGGCCUUAAUUAAUAUUUAAUUUUAGGGGAAAAAAAAACAAUAAAAAGUAAAAUAAAAUUCAAGAAAUCUUGGAAUUUGCUUUCCGCCCGUAAAAUUUACUCGAUAAUAUCCUAUCGUUUAAAAAUAUCAUAAUUAACAUUGUGUAACACCAAUAAUAGUGCGUGUGUUAAGAUCCUCCUUCCAACGUUAUUAAACAUUAUCGUAGAUUUAUUAUUUAAAAAUUUCCGAACACAUGUCUUCCUCGCAUAACGAAAAUAUGAUAGAAGAACUAGCAAAGGAUUAUGCAGAUUAUGCAAAAGUCAACUUGUCUGUUAAGAUGAAACAAUUUCACGAAACUAUUGAAGAUGUUAUGAUACGUUUGGAAGAAUUUCAAUCCAUCGUUGGAAUGGUCCAAGCAGAUAGUUCAGAAUGUAUGAACGAACACAUUCCAAGGAUACGACAUAUGCAAAAAGAAUUAGUAACACUUUGUAGGAAAAUAGAUGCGCUCGAACAUGUCCUUAUAGCGGCUAAUGUAAGUUUAACAGCUUUAGAAACAGCCGUUGACACAGCAGAAGCUGAAUUAGGUGUUACAGAUAGAUUCUUUGGUAUUCUUAAUCCAUUAUCCUUCUUCAAUCUUAUUGCAGAAAAAAUCCCAGGAAUCUGUGAUAGGAAACAAACCGCAAACAUUCCAGUCCUCAACUAUUUACAAAACAGAAGAUUAUUUCAAUGCGGAGUAAUAAAGUGAAGUCUUCCAUGAACGAACAAUCAUAAAUUUAUACUUUUUAAGAAAUAACUAUAAAAAUUUACUAUAAUACCAAAUUUUAGAUUUGACAUUUAUGUUUUUUUUACAUAUAAAAUUUAUGGCUAAUUUUCCAAAACUAAAUUUAAACGUUUAAAUUUGUAUACUUUCCUUACACAUUCACUGCAGUAAAAAUGUAAACUGUAUAACAACUAUAUAUACUAAUAUCUAUUUAUUGUAAAUGAAGGCGUGCGUGU